CCUUUUGCCUUUCCCUAAAAAGGGAAAAACCGAACCAAAAAAAAAUUAUAUGUGCUCAGUUCCAUUUUCCCUAACUUUGAUAUUGGCUAAAUGCGAAGGUAAAACCUAAGAUGGAGGAGAAAAAUUAAUGUAUACUCUAAAGUAUGUAAAAAUUAGCUAAACUACAUAUUGUGACUGGACGUUUCUAAGCAAUGGUUGCGUGGUAUGUACGUGGAUCAGCCGGGGUGGUGAUGAAGUGGGAAGAUGGUGCGUUGGUGGCCUUGGCUUCUGAUCAUUCUCCACGCUGUCGCCGCCCUCUCGCCGGUCAUUAAAAUUGGUGCUAUCUUCACGGAGGAGGCGCGGGGGGGCAGCGCAGAGCUGGCUUUCAAGUACGCAGUAUACAGGAUAAAUAAGGAGAGGAAUCUGCUGCCUAACAGUACAUUAAUAUAUGAUAUACAAUACACUACCGUGAAGGACUCCUUCAGUACCUACAAAAAAGCGUGUCUGCAGAUAAAGUCGGGAGCUGUAGCUCUGUUCAGCAGCGCUGGUCCACUGCUGAGCUCUACAAUCGGCGCUUUGUGUACAGCUCUGCAUACACCACAUUUUAAAGUAGCUCCGGACCAUUAUUCAACACACAAUCAAACAGAUACAUAUACUGUAAAUCUGUAUCCGUCUCGGGAGCUGAUAGACAAAGCUUUCAUUGACCUCGCCGUCUACCUCAAUUGGACUAAUAUGGGCAUCAUUUACGAAGACUAUGGAUAUGGUGAACUAAACGUAUUAAAUAUAGCAAAAGAUGGCCGUAACAUGUAUGCAGUCAGAUGUAAUGGACCACAUGAUUACAGACGGGCUUUGACGCAACUAAAGGCUCAGGAUGUGGUUCAUAUAGUCGUUGAUACAGAUCCCAAGAAGAUACAUCAACUAGCUAGAGCUAUCCUACAGCUGCAAAUGAACAAUGAAGACUAUCACUAUAUAUUUACCUCAUUUGAUAUGGAACUCUUCGACUUUGAAGAUUUCUAUUAUAAUAGAGUAAACAUGAGCGGGUGGAGACUAGUGGACCGAGGGUCUGAUAAAGUGAAGGAGGCGCUGCAAGUGAUGGAGAAGUUCCAUCCCAUAGGGGCGUCGAUACUCAGCGAUGGACAAAUAAAGACUGAACCAGCUUUACUGUACGAUGCAGUACAGACCCUGGCUAUGGCUCUAGCCUCCACGGAAGGUCUUCAAUCGGCCAACGUCUCCUGCGAGAACGAAGCGCCAUGGUCCCAAGGAAAUACCUUGCUGGACAGCAUUAAUUCUGUGAAAGCCCAUGGCCUGACAGGUCCUAUAGAGUUUAAGAAUGAGAUACGAAGCAACUUCACUCUGCAGCUGAUGAGGUUGUCAGGGGGGGAAGAUGGCGGAGUAGUACUCUCCGGGCACUGGACACCAGGCGAAGGUCUGGAGGUGACCGACCCGGCCGCGUACAGAAGAGAUCCACCUCCUAAUGUUACCCUUACCGUCGUUACAGUUGAGGAGAAACCAUACGUUAUGGUGAAAGACGGGUGGAAUCUUCAAGGCAACGCUCGAUUCGAGGGUUUCUGCAUAGAUCUCCUCGCUAAAGUGGCAGCGAGAGCUGGUUUCCACUACAAACUUCGUCUGGUACCAGAUAACAUGUAUGGAGCCAGGGACCCUGAUACUGGCCAGUGGAAUGGCAUCGUCAGGGAAUUAGUAGAUAGGAAGGCGGACAUAGCCGUUGCAUCUAUGACCAUAAACUACGCUAGAGAAGCGGUUAUAGACUUCACGAAGCCGUUCAUGAACCUCGGCAUUGGGAUAUUGUUUAAGGUGCCUACUUCGCAGCCGACGAGGUUGUUCAGCUUCCUCAAUCCGCUGGCCAUCGAGAUAUGGCUGUACGUUUUGGCUGCGUACGUCCUGGUAUCCUUCACGUUGUUUGUGAUGGCCAGGUUCUCGCCUUAUGAAUGGUCAAGCAGUACCCACGUGUGUGGACACGAGACGAAGCUCCUCACGAAUCAGUUCAGCGUUUGCAACUCAUUUUGGUUCAUAACUGGCACAUUCUUAAGACAGGGCUCUGGUCUUAAUCCUAAGGCAACCUCAACGAGGAUAGUUGGGGGUAUUUGGUGGUUCUUCACUCUGAUCAUCCUGUCCUCGUACACUGCGAAUUUAGCAGCUUUCCUGACCGUAGAAAGGACCGUACUACCAAUACAAAGUGCGGCAGAUUUAGCAGCUCAGACCAGCGUACAGUAUGGAACACUCAAUGGAGGAUCCACAAUGACAUUUUUUAGAGAUUCAAACAUCGACAUAUAUAAGAAGAUGUGGCAGCAUAUGUCGACCACCUCUCCACCGGCGCUGGUGCCCUCGUACGAGGAAGGCGUGAAGAGGGUACUAAUGGGGAACUACGCUUUCCUCAUGGAGUCCACGAUGCUGGAUCAUAGAGUACAGAGGGACUGUAAUCUGACGCAGAUUGGAGGUCUCCUGGACUCAAAGGGUUACGGCAUCGCGACCUGGAAAGGUAGUCCCUGGAGGGACAAAAUAUCCCUGGCAAUACUAGAGCUUCAGGAGAAGGGGGUUAUACAGAUACUGUACGACAAGUGGUGGAAAAAUACAGGGGAUGUAUGUAAUAGAGACGGAAAGGACAGCAAGGCGAAUCCAUUAGGGGUGCAGAAUAUUGGUGGAGUGUUCGUGACUCUGCUGUGUGGCUUGGCUUUAGCAAUAAUGGUGGCCAUAUUGGAGUUCUGUUGGAACACCAAGAAGCAUGCCUCACAUGGGCGACAGUCACUUUGUAGCGAGAUGGGACAGGAGUUAAAGACGGCGAUGAGAGGCGGUUCCUCAACCAGGACCGUGUUAAGACCUGGAUGCUCGAGAUGUUCACCAACCACUCACGUGCCGCCCGCUCCCUCUAAAUAUGAGGAGACUCCGAACAGCAGCGUGGAGCUGAAGGAGCUGCGCUGGUCGUAGCGACAGUCGCGGCGCGGCGGCUCCGCGCCCUCCUCGCCCGCCCGCGCGCGCUGCUCGCACCACUCCUUCCGGCGCUGCCACCACUACAAUUCCGUGGGCUCCCUUAGGCGUACGACGUCUUAUGUACUGAAAGAGCCACGCGACCCUCCUAAGAAACAUGUGCAAAUACUAGCGUAGUUAUAUUAAAUGUGUUAUAUUCAAUACAUUCAUACACUAUUUGGCGGGUUCUAAUUUUGAAAUCAAUAAAAACCAUCGAGAAAUUAAGCAUUAACCACAGAGAACUUAUGAUGAUUGAAAAUACAACAUUAACCAUAGAGAACGUUCAAGGAAACAUUAAAAAAUACAUACAAUGCAGGAAUCAGUGCUAUUGUAGAUAUAUGAAACAAUUUUGGUAAAUAAAUAAAUAAUAAUAAUUAUUAUUAUUACAUAAAAAUUCAAGUGAAUAUAGAACGGCUAUUUGUUUUAAAUUUUAUUUGAAAAUAAUUCGCGCCAUUUUUGUUAUGUUGCA